AUGAGUUCUAGGUUCCUCCUGGCUCUUUUCCUUGUCCUCCUGGUGUUGGGAUGCGAGGCCCAGCAAGAUGAGGAUUCGGGCAGCUCGGCUCUGCUGGACAAGGUCCAGGAGUCCCUCAUCACUUACUGGCUCUCUGCCAGGGCGGCUGCCCAAGGCCUGUACCAGAACACAUACCUGACCAGCGUGGAUGAGAAACUGAGAGACAUGUACAGCAAAAGCUCGGCGGCCAUGAGCACUUACGCGGGCAUUUUUACGGACCAAGUCCUUACUCUCCUGAAAGGAGAAGAGUGACCUGCAAGCUCCAAGUCAGGGGGGAAGGGAGAAGGGGGCGGAGCAUGAGGCCUCUGCC